GCCGCCCCUUCGACGCCCGAUGUUAUCGGCGCGGUUCCCGGAACGCAGACGCGCAGCUGGACGACGCUUCCGCCGGACCUUCGUCGGUGAAAGCAGGCACGCCAAGAAACAGUGAAACCAUGGCGAGUGACAAGGGAUGCGCGCCCACGUCACUGUGCACGCCGAUUCGCGAGGUCAGCACUGAAUGCGCUUUGAUAACGCUCCCUGAAGCCGUGGCCCCCAUCGACUGCUGACUUUGUGUGAGAGAGCUUGUGCGAAGGAGUCCCUGCGCUUAUCCUGUGAAUUCUCGACUGACGUAUUGUUGUGAAGCGAUUGUUUUUUUCGCCAUUGGAUGGAUAACAAUUGAAACGAGACGCGAACAGCGAUCGACGGUGGGAGGAACGACAACGGUACCGCUCAGUGAUUGCAUCCCUUGUAACAUGGUCUGGGGACCGCCCGAAAGCGACGAGGGGUGCGCAACGGCCUGAGCUGCGGAGGCGGAGCGUUCUCAACCGACCUCCCCCCGGCGGCACGCAGUGAGACCGACCCAGCAGCCCGGCGACGCGCCAACCGGUCAUUCCAGUCCAGGAGGCCAGCGGUGCUGUUCGCGUGAAACCUGUGAUGUGCCGCCGCGCCGCCGGGUGACUGGCGCCGCGGCGAUGCGCUCUCCGCCACCACCCCCGCUGCUGCAGGAGGCGGCAUGAGGCGGUCGGCGGCCCUGCUGCUGGCCCUGCUCUGGUGGCUGCGAGCGGCCGCGCAGCCCGGCGUCGUCGCGGCGCGUUACGUGGCGCCCGAGGACUGCCGAUGGGAGCCGCUGGACGCCACCGGGGUGGCGCUCACCUGCGCCGUGCGCACGCUCAGCGGAGGCCCCGAGCCGAGCAACUUCAGCCUCAUCCAGCCGGGACACACAGCGCGGCUCACGGUGCGUUGCGACGACCUGCUCUUCCAGAGCGACCUCACCAACGGCUCGUUCGCCCACCUCAGCGGGCUGCGCUCGCUCAGCAUCGAGCGCUGCAAGCUCGAGGAUGUACCGGCACUCGCGUUUGCCGGCCUCGCCGAGCUUCAGAACCUCAGCCUGCGCACCUACAACACGGAGUGGGGAAAGUUGUCGCUGCGCCUGGCGCCCGACAGCCUGGCGCCCCUCCGGCAGCUCGUCGCGCUGGACCUGAGCCGCAACAACAUGGACUACUUGCCGCCAUCGAUCCUGUGUCCCCUCGUUCAACUCGCGCAGCUGAACCUGACGCGCAACCGUUUCGCGGACGCCACCAGAAUGGGGUUCGCCGAAACGCGUUGUUCUCCGCUUGUGCAGAAGCUGGACGCGGCCUACAACCGCCUGCGCCUGCUGCCCGAAAAGGCGUUCGCCUCGCUGCGGCAACUGCGAGAGCUCAAGCUGGACCACAACCAGAUCGCGCGUGCCGAGCAAGGGGCGCUGUUCGGGCUCUCGCGCCUGCACAACCUUGACCUGGCGCACAACGCGUUGGUCGCGCUGCCGCCGCGCUUCCUGCAGCCGGCGGAGAUGCUCUCGGAACUGUACCUGCGCAACAACUCGCUGAGCGCCCUGCCGCCGGCUCUGUUCGCGGGGCUGCACCAGUUGACCAUGCUCGACCUGGCGCACAACCAACUCAGCUCGGGAUGGCUCGGAGCCCCAGACACCCUGGCGGACUUGACGCGACUCGCUGUACUCGAUCUGUCGCACAAUCGGCUCACGAGGCUGGACGACGCUGCUUUUCGGUCUCUGCACAAUCUUCAAACACUUCAGCUGCAGCACAACCUGAUCGAGUCGAUCGCGGACUUGGCGUUCGCGUCGCUUUACAACCUGCACACGCUAGUCCUAAGCCACAACCGUCUGAAAUUUGUGGGAACGCACAUGUUCACCGGCCUUUCGUCGCUCGGUGGCCUUUAUGUGGACCACAACCGACUCGAGUCUCUGGCACCAGACGCCUUUCACAACGUGACCAACCUUCAGGAGAUCAUCCUCGCUGGAAACAGGCUGUCGUCUGUGCCACGGGUUGUGCAGACUCUGCAGCUGCUUCGCUCCCUCGACGUGGCCGACAACAUGGUCGCGGACAUUCAGAACGCGUCCUAUCAAGGACUGCGCCAGCUGUACGGCCUCAAUCUGAUGGGAAACCACAUAGGGAACUUGAGUCAAGGCGCCUUCCACGAGCUGCCGUCGCUGCGUAUUCUCAAUUUGGCUCGCAAUGGAAUUCAGUCCAUCGAACAAGGCACAUUCGAUGACGUCCCUGACCUUCACGCUUUGCGUUUGGACUCCAAUUUCUUGGACGACGUUAAUGGCCUUUUUAGUAACCUGCACGACCUCAUCAUGCUGAACAUCUCGGCCAACCGUGUGCGAUGGUUCGACUACGCUCUUAUUCCCAUCGGACUGCAGUGGCUCGACAUCCACGACAAUCAGAUAGAGGCGCUGGGGAACUACUUUGAGCUGGAGUCCAUUUUGAAACUGAGGACGCUGGACGUGUCGCACAACAGGCUCACCGACCUCGACUCAUCGUCUCUGCCGAAUGGCAUAGAAAUUGUUUUCUUGAAGGGAAACCAGCUGCGUCGCAUUCAGCCCUUCACUUUUCUCGGUAAACAGAACCUCACACGUGUCGACCUGACGGACAACAAGCUGGAGACAUUGGACAUGACGAUGUUCAGGCUGAGCGAGGUUCCAAGCGGUCGGCCGCUGCCGCAGUUCAUGGUGGCCGGGAACCCGUAUCUCUGCGACUGCCACAUGGAGUGGCUCCAGCGCCUGGGGCAUCUAGACGAUUCGAGGCAGUACCCGCGAGUGAUAGACCUGGCGGACGUGGCGUGCCACCUGAGUUUCAGUCGGAGGAAAGCCACCCUGGCGCUCGUCACGGCGCAGUCGUCCGAGUUCCUGUGCCGGUACCGCAACCACUGCUUCGCGCUCUGCCACUGCUGCGACUUUGACGCUUGCGACUGUGAGAUGGUAUGCCCAGACAACUGCACCUGUUACUACGACCAGAGCUGGAACACCAACAUCGUGGACUGCAGCGCCAGGGCGCACGGCGCUGUUCCCAAGCAGCUCCCGAUGGACGUAACCGAGCUGUACCUGGACGGUAAUGACAUACCGACGUUGUCUAGCCAUACCUACAUCGGUCGAAAGAACAUGAAGGUACUCUACCUGAACAGCAGCAACGUGCAGACCAUCAACAAUCGAACAUUCAGUGGUCUGCGCACGCUCCGAGUGCUGCGGCUAGACCACAACCGACUGGCAACGCUGCACGGCUACGAAUUCGAUGGGCUCGGAGAGCUGAGGGAACUCUACCUUUCGUACAACCACCUGACGAGCAUCAACAACGCCACAUUCCUGCCGCUCAAAUCUCUCGAGGUGCUGCACUUGGACCACAACUACAUCCUCGCAAUGGCCGUCGGGAACCUGCAGCCGCGCCUCAACGACGUGCGCCUCUCGGAUAAUCCGUGGUCGUGCGACUGCCGUUUCGUGCAGGAGCUGGCGGACUUCCUGCAGAACCGCGGCGCCGACCUGGUGGUGCGCGACCUCUUGAGCGUCCACUGCGUGCACAACGAGACGGCGGUGCUGCCCCUGUGGGAGCUGAACGCCACGUCGUGCACCAACGCGUCGGCAGCGAGCACGCACGCGCGCCACGUCCAAGACCUGCUCCCUCUGCUCGUCGUCGUUGGUGUGGUGUUUCUCCUGCUGGUGUGCGUGGUGGCUGUAGCCUUGGUGUAUCGCCGCCAGAUGAGCGUGUGGUUCUACACCAAGUACGGCGUGCGCGUGUUCCAGCGAGCGCCCGCCGAGGAAGAGAAGCUGUUCGACGCCUUCGUCUCGUACAGCAAGAAGGACGAGGCGUUCGUGGCCCAGAUCCUGGCGCCCGAGCUCGAGUGCGGCAGCCCGCCGUACCGACUGUGCCUUCACUACCGCGACCUGCCCAUGGCCGGUGGCUACCUGACAGACGCCAUCAGCGAGGCCGUCGAGAGCAGUCGGCGGACUAUUGUGAUCCUCUCGGAGCACUUCCUCAAGAGCGAGUGGUGCCGCUACGAGUUCAAGUCGGCCCAUCACGAGGUGCUGCACGGCUGCAGCCACCGGCUGGUGGUCGUCUUCCUCGGCCGGGUCUCCUUCAGGGAGCUGGACCCGGACAUUCGGCUGUGGCUCAAGUCCAGCACGUUCCUGCGCUGGGGCGAGAAGAGGUUCUGGGACAAGCUGCGAUACGCCAUGCCAGACACGCGGCAUCGCAAGGUGGCCGCCGCCUCUGGCAGCCGUAGCGACGUCGCCAGCGUGCACAUCUGACGUCGCCGUGUACAGUGGUGUGCCAGUGCCAAGGUGUAUGUGUGUGUGUGCGCGCGGUGGCUGCCUUGUGGAUUACAUGUGGCCAGGAUAUGCACGGGCUUGGCCCCUUUCAUCUAAGUCAAGUCUCCCCCCAGUUUGCGCUGUGCAGGUAAAAACACCUUCUCUUGCUCUGCUGCCAACGAACUUCGUGACUUCCUGUUUUUUUAACCAAUGACUAUCCGUCUAGAAACUGUACCAACUCCUUUAAGCGGUCGCUGGUUGUAUACGUGAGAACGCUUUCAAACGAACUGGUGGCAUAGGGAGGCCUCUGGGGUCAUGUUUCUCUGUACAUAGAAGUGUAAUAUAGCCCCUGUAUGUCAUUUUUUACUCGUAAUUUAUGAAUUCGUUUCCUCAGCGUCGUACUUGCGUUGCUCUGAAUGACUACCAAGAGCCGAAACAACACGCUGGCACUUCGUGGGACGUAGGCAUUGGACUGUGAUGUACAUUCCUAUGCAGUUUGCGACAUAUUGUGGAGGACUGCCUAACUUGCACAGAUUUCUUUCUUUUUUUUUUAGGAAAAUGCUGUGACUUGCAUGUCGGAGAGAAACCGUGUGCCACCAUUAUUUAUUUAUACUUAUUUAAGCGCGAUUUGCAUCCCUACACUACAGUGCUUGUAUCGCGAAUCCUAGACUGUACCAAGUGGCCUCGGUCCUUGGACUCACGUACUACGAGGAACCUCAGAUUUAUUCGGAAAGUAGACACGCUGCUAUAGAGAUGCCCUGUGAAAGUUUCAUGUCAUAAAAAAAAAGGAGAAAAAAGAACAAUUCAACCGUAAUUCACGCCUCGAAAAAAAAAAAUGGUAUUGCGAAAGCCCAUAGGCAAGUAGAUAUCUCUAGGUGUGAGUCCACAAGAGUGUGCGUAACCCACGUGGUGUAUUAAGGCCUCGAAUAUCAAUUUAGUCCCGCUAUCUCUUGAAACGAAUAUUCCUACGAAUUUUACUCGCCAGUGACCCGGUACCUUCAGUCGCAUAAAUUUUUAGCAGCAGCCUUCUCAUUUUCUUCCAUUAUUGCUCGAGAGUUUACAGUCACAAGGCAAGCCUUCAAGGUAAUGUACUUAGUUGUGCUAUGGAUGUGACGCAAACAGCAAAGAAAUCUUUUGGAAGGAACAACUACGGCAAUAAAGCGAAGUGUGUCAACACUUGGAAAUGUUGAA